CACAAACCAAAACUAACUUUCAGCAUGAAGAACACCUACAAGUUCCAAAGCCUCUUCUCCUCUCUCAUCUUCCUCCUAUUCCUCUUCACACUCCUACCAAUUUCGAGAACCAACGCACUCAACUCCCGUGGUGGCUGCCGACAUCCGCCGUCGCAAACCAGCUGCAAGACUUGCAUGGCGGAGCAGAUGAACUACGGCUGCCCUAAGUGUGUGCCGGUGCUCCGGUGCAUGGCUCGUUGCCUUUGGGGUGGUGUAUCUCAGAGGACAUGCACCACCACAUGCGGCUGCGACACCGUGGUCAAGCCCUCGCUUCUGGAAUGUAAACGCUGUGUUUCUAGGUGUAAGUGUAGCUGUGCGGAUUAGGAACUUAGCGGCUUAAUGCUCUCUCUUUGAUGUUGCAAUAACAUGUUGAAUAAUGUUGGAUCUUUGUUGCUUAACUUUAUGUUAUAUAAUGUUGAAUGCUUACCUAUAUACUAUAGUUCAUAUA